UUCACUCGAGUCGAGCGUUUUCUAAGUCGGCUAGUGGCUGUUGAUUUUGAUUAUUUUUUUGUCGUUUUCCACGUUUUAGUAUGAUAUUGAAUGAAAUUCGUGCUAAGAGAGUGAUGUGUUAAGAUUAGCCGUUUUAUUUUUUAGUGGCAUAAUUAUGGAGGUCCCUUCUAUGGACACCAUUUACCAGGCUAUUAGUGCACUGUAUGAUAACCCCAAUGCUAAUGAAAAAGAAAAAGCCUCCCUUUGGCUGGGAGACGUACAAAAAUCCAUACAUUCUUGGAAAAUAGCUGAUGAAUUGUUACAACGGAAGAAAGAUGUUCAAUCGUGUUAUUUUGCGGCGCAGACUAUGAGGUCGAAAGUGCAGCAUAAUUUAUCUGAAUUGUCUUCAGAGGCUGUGGUAUCACUAAGAGACUCUUUAGUGGCCCAUUUAGAGGGCACAUCACCAGACACAAGUUCGCCGAUUCUAACGCAGCUUUGCCUGGCGCUAGCAGACUUAGCACUGCAGAUGCCUGCCUGGCAAAACUGUGUAAGUGAUCUUAUAAAAUCAUUUACAAAUAAAAAUGACUUCGCGUUAUUAGAAAUCUUAACAGUACUACCUCAAGAAAUAGACUCAUCAAGUCUUAAGCUCGGUGAAAAUAGGCGAGAAAGUAUCAAAUCAGAAUUAAGGUCAAAUUCUUAUACAGUGACUACUUUUCUCAAGGACAGUAUAAUAAGUUCACAGAAUACAAAUGUAGCUUUGAAGAUAAUUAAAUGUAUGACUUCUUGGAUACAAGUGAGAGCAGUGAACAUACAAGAGGUGCCCAAUAAUGCCGUUAUAGCAUUCUGCAUGCAAGUUUUACGUGAUCACAAUUCUAUUAAUACGUUACAUGAUGCAGCUUCAGAUUGUAUAUGUGCAUUGUUGCAUUGUUUAGAGGAUAAUAAUAAUAAUGAAGAUGUUGAGAGGUUAUUGUUCGAAAGUGUAUCGGCUCUGGAGGAGAGUUACCACAUGGCCGUAGCUCACGAGGAAGAAGAAAAAGCGGCAAACUAUGCGAGAGUGUUUACAGAGUUGGCAGAAACUUUUCUAGAGAAAAUAAUUUCAUCAGCAAUGACUGGUACAAGUCAUUUUGCUGGGAGAUCACUAGAACUGGCUUUGGUUUGUGUUGGACAUCAUGAUUAUGAGGUGGCUGAAAUCACCUUUAACCUAUGGUACCGGCUGUCCGAGGAGGUGUAUCAGAACGACUACCAGGGGCUGACGGAUACGUUCAAACCCCACAUCGAGAGGCUGAUCGAAGCUCUAGCGAGGCACUGUCAGUGUGAACCGGAUUUACCCAAUUUGCCUGAUGAAGGAGACGAGUUCUUUGAGUUCCGAAUGAAGGUGAUGGGCCUGAUAAAAGACGUCGUGUUCAUCGUGGGCUCCAGCUCGGUGUUCAGACAGAUGUUCACAGCGCUCCAAGCGAACAUAUCGUGGGAGCAGACCGAGGCUGCCUUGUUUGUGAUGCAGGCGGUCGCCAAGAACAUAGUGCCCGAGGAAUACGAGUACGUACCAAAAGUGGUGGAGGCGAUCCUCUCGAUGCCCGACAACACCCACAUAGCGGUCAGGAAGACCUGCAUCCUGCUGCUGGGGGAGCUGUGCGAGUGGAUAGAGAAGCAUCCCUCGGGCCUGGAGCCCUCCCUUCAGUUCCUGGUGCGGGCGCUGCAAGAGGAACAGCUGGCGUAUGCAGCCGCUACUGCUCUGCAGAACAUCUGUUCUGCGUGCCGGUCGUCUGCGGGUGCGCACGUGCCGCUGCUGCUGGAGGCGAACCGGCUGGCGGUGCGGCUGGCGCUGCCGCCGCCGCCCGCCACCGCGCUGGCGCGCGCGCUGGCCGCCGCCAUCAGCAGCCUGCCCCCCGACCAGCUGUCGCUGGCGAUGCGCGAGGCCACCGCGUUCCAGCUGCGCGGGCUGGCGGCGCUGCUGCAGGCGGGCGCGCCGCCGGCGCGGGGCUCCGCUAGUGACCCGGCCGCGUGGCUGGACCGGCUGGCGGCGCUGUUCCGCGACGUGCGGCCCGCGCCCGCGCCGCAGCACCCGUGCCUGCCCGCCUGCAGCGACGCCUGGCCGGUGCUGCACCAGACUCUCACCAAACACGCGCUGGAGCCGCGCGUGGUGGAGCGCGCGUGCCGCGCCGUGCGCUUCGUGCUGCGCUGCGCGGGCGCGCACGGCGCGGCGCUGCUGCCGGCGCUGGCGCCCGCGCUGCAGCAGCUGUACGCGCGGCGCCCGCACUCGUGCGUGCUGUACGUGGCCAGCAUCCUGGUGGACGAGCUGGCGGCCGCGCCCGCGUGCCGCGCGCCGCUGCUGGCGCUGCUGCAGGCGCUGCUGCCGCGCGCCUUCCAGCUGCUGCAGCAGGAGAACGGGCUCAAGGACAACCCCGAUACAGUCGAUGAUCUCUUCCGCUUGUGUAUACGGUUUCUCCAGCGCACCCCCCUGGAGCUGCUGUCGUCGGGCGCCAUGCCGGCCAUCGCGCAGUGCGCGGCGCUGGCGGCCAAGCUGGACCACCGCGACGCCAACUCCUCCGUCAUGAAGUUCCUGCAGGACCUGCUCCGCGCCAGCCACCACCCGCACGACGCCGUCAGAGCGCUAGCCGACGAGGCGAUAUCGACGUACGGCCCCGAGCUGACCGCCAGCCUGAUAGAAGCCAGCGUGCUGCACCUCCACUCGUACAUGCUGUCUGAAGUAGCUGAGGUGCUGGUGGAGCUGGUGGGGUGGCAGCGCGCGCGCGGGCUGGACUGGCUGCGCGGCGCGCUGGCGGCGUUACCCAGUGACCGCGCGGCCGCGCCCAGCGAGGUGCAGUGCUGGCAGUUCCAUCAGUGCGCUAUGAGGACAGAAAAAUGCAAAGAGAUGACGCGUCUCCUCCGAGACUUCGCUCGGCUCUACCGAUAAUGUUGAGCCCCGGCCGGGGGCUCACGGGCUCCGCGAACAACUCAUAUAAAUUUAUAUAUAAUUAUAUACAAUAUUAAUUUGUUUGCCUGUGGUAUUUGUCAAAAAUUAAACCAAAGUUAUUAGAGUUUACAAAAAACGAAUAAACUUUUCGAGAAUUGGUUUGCGCUUGCGCUACGCUCGACGCCAUUUUUGUUAUACGGCACACCAUAAAUAGAAAAAUCUUUUUGACUGGCUUUAAAUGACAGUUCCUCAGCGUUUACUACACUAUCAGUCUAUCUGUAAAUCUCAUUUCUGCGCGUUCCCGGUUGCACCCUCACCAACAGUGUUUCGGGGCCCUGGGUCCGCUUUCUAACUUUUAUCUGUCCACUCUUUUCCUCGCUUUUCUUUCAUUAUUUACCGUUAUUUUUAUUUUCUUUUCCUUGGUUUCUCUAGUUCUUUUAACAGUCUCCUUUAAGGUUAAAUUUUCAGACAACGUAGUUUCGUUUUCAUUGUAAAAUGAUACAUUAGUUAGAAUUGCAUUCCGGCCUCUUCUCUAGGAAAUGUAAUCUCUAUGUAACGGGGUUUAUCACCCACAUUUCGAGGCAAUCGCUCAAUUAGGGAAAUCAUUUCUGCAAUAAAAAAAUAUUAUUAUAUAUAUAUAUAUAUAUAUAUAUAUAU